CUAACUGGGCACCUAACUGCGAGCAGAGUUCCCCCCUGCCUCCACUGCGUUCAGCGCCGCCAUUACCACAGGGCCAAGCAAGUCCAAGUCCCAUCCAGUCAACCAUGAGCUUCUCAGCGAGACGAGUCUCGACCAUGAGGUCGGCACUGCACGCCAGUCAAGAUGGUCGCCGGUUCUCCAUUCACCCUGAAGAUGAAAACAUCUCUGCUCCACACCGAACUCUCCGCGGCCACCCGAGCCACAAACCGCAUGCCGCCCUGGACACUUCAAGAGCUUCGACUGGGGUCAUUUGGACCACCGAACAAGCAGCGCGCCACGGCUUUCUUGAGGAGCCCCAGAAGUGGGCCAACCUGGGCCAAGGCGCGCCUGAAGUCGACGAUGAUAUUGAAGGCUGCUUCCCCCGCCCAACUUCAAUCCCUUUGACCAACAAUGGACGAGAAUACGGGCCAACAGCCGGCAUCAAGCCUCUUCGAGCCGCCGUGGCCAAACUGUACAAUGACAACUACCGCCAAGGCAAGGAGAGUCAAUACUCAUGGGAGAACGUCUGCAUUGUGCCCGGGGGAAGAGCUGGGCUGAUCAGGAUCGCCGCUGUGCUGGGCAAUGCGUAUCUCGGCUUCUUCAUUCCUGAUUACACCGCAUACAACGAGAUGUUGUCCCUGUUUCGCAACUUUGUAGCCAUACCCACACCUCUCUCUGCAGCUGAUGGGUACCAUAUUCAUGCCGACAAAAUCGCCGACGAGCUGGCGCGCGGUACCAGUGUCAUCUUGACCUCGAAUCCUCGCAAUCCCACAGGUCACUCUUUGGAUCCUGAAGAGCUUGCCCUAAUCCAGGAUAUUUGUCGGGACAGAGCAACAUUGAUCUUUGAUGAGUUCUACGCUGGUUACAGAUACGACACAAACUGCGAUGGCAGUACUAUCUCAGCUGCCUCCAAUGUUAUUGACGUUGAUCGAGACGAUGUGAUCUUGAUUGACGGUCUCACAAAACGCUUCAGACUCCCAGGAUGGCGCGUCGCUUGGAUUGUUGGCCCGAAGGAAUUCAUCAAGGCGCUCAGCUCAUGUGGUAGCUACCUCGAUGGUGGCUGCAACGUGCCGUUUCAGGAGGCUGCCAUAUCAAUGCUCGAUCCUCCGAAAGUCAAGGCUGAAAUGAUGGCCCUUCAAAGUCACUUCAAGAUGAAGCGAGACUACGUUCUCAAGAGACUUGAAGAGAUUGGGUUCAGAUGGGGAGACCAGAACGUGCCGCAAUCGACGUUUUAUAUCUGGUUAGAUUUGUCGUCGUUGGAACCUCCUCUGCCGAAGAACAGUCCCAUUGACAUUUCUAAUGGACUUUCGUUCUUUGACGCACUGCUCCAAGAGCGAACCAUCGUAGUUCCGGGAAUCUUCUUCGACCUCAACCCAGCAAAGAGACGCGACCUGUUCGACAGUCCUUGCCACCACUUUGUCCGAGUUAGCUAUGGUCCGAAGCUGGAGCAGCUGAAGAUGGGGAUGGACGGAAUUGAGAGGGUGGUGAAACGUGCGAGGGGCGAGUACGGACAAUAUGACACCGCCAUUCAGGAUGAGCCUGAGAGCAAGAGUCCUCACAGUCCCAUUCAGUUCUGGAAGGGGCAAGGACAAGGCGAACACUUCCACUGAUCUAUUGGAUGAGACGAGAAAUGAUUGUGAAAGGGUUCUAGGGAUGGUACAUUUAGAGGUACAGCUAUGAGCCAGACAUGCCAUGGUCUCUCCAACGCCCUUUGUCCAGACUAGCUUCGGCCAUAACAUUUAUGAUGGUUGACUAACGACAUGAAAAUUUGAAACUUGCUCGAACACA